AUGAACGACAGAAGCAAGUUCAGGUUUGCGAAAAUUGAACGUGAGAGUGGGGGCGCGAUCGGUGGGGCCGGCACCGGGAUGUUCCGAGGCGGAAUUACCUACGACAUUUGGCUUGGUCCUGAUUUACCCCUAACCCUCGCCAGCGUGGGCAUGGAUCAGGGCAUCGCCUUCUUGGCAGUCUCGCAACUCCAAGCCCGUAUCAAAAACCAGUCGCUAGAGAAUCCGCAGUCACCAAGCUAUGGGUCAACAGCUGGCGAAAAUGACCUCAAGGCCUGA